GGGGUUGCGGAUGCGAUGGUGGAGGGUUUGGGGGUUGACGCACGGCCGCGGCCAAUCCCAGGAUCCUGGAAACGGCGGCUGCGCCCUGCCACACUGCCUCCUCCAACCCCCUCGGCGACCGAGGGGGUUGAUUGGGACGGGAAGAGGGUAACGCGAGAGCCGGUGGCGGGGAGAACUUUGAGGGCAGACGUUUCAAAGCUACCCCAACGGAGAGACACGCCGAGACGCCCCUGCCAUCGGGAGCCCUUCGGUCUCAGCUCGGUUAGAAAUUCGGCUGAAAAGGUGGAGGGCCCGGGGACGCAAGAAGCUAAGGAGUCGGUGAACGGCUCGAGGGCCGAGGUCGGACCGGACGUCGCCUCCAAACUGAGCAGUUUGUUCGCCGGACUUCCUAGUUUGGCGGGUCCCCAACGCCUCGCCAGUUCCCUCAGGCAGAAAUUCGCCAAUAACUCCGGUAAGUUUACGAAUUUUCCCCUUCCUCGUGCACGUCCAUGGAGGCCCUCGUUGACGAUCGUUGACGAAGUUAACGGCGUCCCCGCGCGGCGACCAGUCAUCGUAAUUAAUAAACGAGGGUGCGGACACGCAUCGAACGAUGUUCGGAGGGAUGUCAGUUUACCGAAUGAAUCGUUUCAACGGAAAUAAUUAAUCCGUUCUGUUCUCGACGGUGUUUCCAAAAGUGUCACGCCUGACUAAUUUGCAUCUCGUUUAUUUCAAACACGAUAUAUAUAUGAUACACAGUUUGGAACACUUCGUUUUCUCUCUUAUCAGUUAUUCUAUAAUAAUACAUUUUUAUGACUUUUCGCACUUGGUUUUAUUUUCGAACAAAAUAUAUAUAUACGUAAGAUUCGUUUUGCCAGCGUUGUUUCACGUGUUUUUGUUUCCUUGACCAGCAAGGUUCGUUAAAUAAUUACCACCCCAUUUAUAGAAUAGAGCCAUACCAUCCACCAACUCGACCUUCACCCUCGUUUCGCCGCCGAGACCCCCGUGUUUUUAUCUCUCCGUAACACGAUAGCAGGCAUAUAGGCAGCCUGGGUACAGAUCGUGCUGGCUUGUCGAGGGGGAGCCUCCACCCGGUGUCAUGUUCGCUUCUAUACCCGCCACAAGCGAAGGAAAUCGAGUGCGCGUCGAUGAAAAGCUGCGGAGCGACGAACGAAAUCAUCGAAAGAUAGGAUGAAGAUGACGGACUCUCGUCCACGAUGAAAAGUCGGGUUGGGUUUUGGGAAUUGAACGAGAAUCGGUGAGAAACCGAUCAGGCCGGGUCAGGGCUCCCCUUUCCUUCUCCGAUUUCUCGGGAAAAAGAAAAUUCUCGCUAUUGGCCCACGUGAAACGUUCGAAUCGAAUCAGAAUAAAAA